AUGAUUGACCAACGUAUUUUCGAAAAUCUCCAGACGAAGAUUGACGAGGAGACCACCGUUCGGGAUGCUAUCCUGUCGCGGGCUCAUUCCACGCCCGCUGGUCAGUUGAAGCCCGUGCUUGAUGAUGUCACCAAAGAAAUCCUUGCCCAGAAGGAAGAGGUUGCUCGCCUGAAGGCCGUGGCAGACCAACACCCCUUCUACAAGUACAAUGGACUGUGGACCCGUGAGCUACAAAACCUGGUCGCCUCUAUUGAGCUAUGCGCAUGGCUGGGAGGGCUACAAGAGCACAAGGGACCCAGCUCAACAUCUUUCAUGACCAUUGAGGAUGUGGGCAAGUUCCUGGACAUUCCUUUUAACCUAAAGGAGCAGGAUGCUUUCCACUUGACAAUUGAGGAGUACCUGCUAGCAGUGAUUACCAUGGUUGAGGAACUGGCUCGCUUGGCUGUCAACUCUGUCACCCUGGGUGAUUACACCCGUCCAAUGCAGAUUGGAAACUUCGUUAAGGAGGUGUUCGCUGGAUUCCAGCUCUUGAAUUUGAAGAACGAUAUCCUGCGCAAGCGCAGCGACGGUAUCAAAUACAGUGUCAAGAAGGUUGAGGAUGUGGUCUACGAUCUGUCGCUACGGAACCUGGUUCCCAAGGCUGGUUCCUCUGCUUGA